AUGAUCCACAUCCCCACCUAUCUCAUUCUCUCUGCCUUGCUCGCUGCUCCCACCAUUGCAGCCCCGUUCGAGGUGGACGGACACCAGCAGCACCCACACGGAGCCGUCGGCUCGCAUGAACACCUUGCGGGAUGCGACGACUUCUCCGCUGCUCCCCGCCGUCUGCAGCCUAGCCGCACCAGGCAGGCGCGCGAGCUCGAAGACAACGAAUCCUUGUUCGUGCGCGACCCCAAGAAGCCAGGCAGCAGUCCAAAGCCAAAUCCCCGCCCCACUUCAGUGCCGAGGCCCAUCACGUCACCGAGGCCCACCACGGCACCAAGGAGACGAAAACGCGAGACUGAAGAGGAGGAUGGAUUAUUCGUGCGAUUGAUACAGGUCUUGGGUGAUUUGGACUGA